UAGAGAUUCUUAGGAAAUUACGUUUUGCGUCACACCUGCGCGUCCUGUUUCUGCUGAAUGGACAUGAAGUCAUGCGUGAUGGUCAGCUGAUAUGAGCGGAGCCGCUUGUUUCUGGAGGAGACGGAGCGUCACACUGCCUAAAGGUAACCGCGGACUAAGAUCGACACACUGCUACUUUUCUACCUCAGCAGCUGAAGAUCUACAUCACCGUGAUGUCGGAUGGGGUGGUGCUCGGCGGUGAUGGGAACUUCAGCUCUCUCUGCCCGCACGGGAUCGAGUGGAUCUGGUAUGGACUGGGUGAAUGUGCUCAGGAUGGCAGAGACAUCGCCAGUGUUGUUCUCGGACUGCUGUCGAUAGUUUGCUUCAUGGUGUCUUCACUACCGCAAUACUACAGUUCCUGCAAGACAGGAAACAUGGACAGCGCUCUAUCGAUUUGGUUCUUGUUAUUUUGGCUGGCCGGUGACUCGUGCAAUCUCAUUGGAUCGUUCUUAGCUGAUCAACUUCCACUACAGAAAUACACUGCAGUCUACUACGUCCUGGCAGACCUGUUAAUGCUGUCAAUGUACACUUACUAUAAACUAAAGAAUAAGUCAUCGAGGGCCAGUAACAGCGCAUUGCUGAAUGCGGUCAGCGUGCUAUGUCUUCUGGGAAUUUCAUCGUCCCUCCGUAGCCUCCCUCGCUCAGCCCUAGAGGAACAGAUGCCUGAGGGGUUCAAGGGUCGGGCGCUGCUGGCCGUGGAGGGGGACAGCGGUUCGGUGCAGCCCUUUGAUACAAAGGAGAUUAUAGGCUUUGUCUUUGGCUCAGUAUCUUCAGUACUGUAUUUAUGCUCCAGAGUGCCACAGAUGUACACUAAUUUUCAGAGGAAGUCAACAGAGGGCGUGUCUUUUUUCCUAUUUGCUCUGGUGAUUCUGGGAAACACAACAUAUGGCAUCAGCGUGCUACUGAAGAACCCAGAUCCAGGACAGGGAGAGGCCAGCUAUAUCAUACACCACCUCCCCUGGCUCAUCGGCAGCCUGGGAACACUCUCACUUGACCUUAUUAUAUCCGUACAGUUCAUGAUGUACAGCAAAUCUCCUCGGGAUUCUGCAGGGGGAGAUGAAGAGACCGCUGCACUUCUCCAUAACUGAACAAUUCCCAUUCCUGCUGUGACUGGAUGAAAUGCUGGAGAGCUUCACAUUUACACAGCCACAGCUGACAGACAAGAAUCCCUUUUUUCCCCUAAUAGUUUUAUCUAGAUUUUAUUCAAUAGGUUUUAUUCCUAGAAGUGUCAGUGGUUAAGUAUAUUUUUGUCUGAUGGUAAAUAGUUAACUUUCUUAAUUGGUUCAAUAUUUGGCACUAAAGGGACUUAUUGAAACACUUUUGUAAUGUUUGUACUGUACUUCAGAAUUCAGAUUUUUUUUUAUAUAUAUACAAUGCAUGCAAUCAUGUAUUUUUUUUGUUUUGUACAGUGGAAUGAAUGCUGCAUUCGGCAGACCUAGCAGUCUUGACUCAGGACUGUGAAAAGGUUCUGUCUUAAAUAUGUGUACUGUACUAAUGUUUAAAGGCUGUUUUUGUGCAAUCAAUUGUCAAAAAUGUUUUGACGUUGUAAAGAUGUUUUAAAUUUUUAUUCUGUGGCCUUUGAUUUGAUUUAGCACUGCACCUGUCAUUCAGUUGGGUACCUUUAUUGAAGUUCUUCUUUACUUUGCCUGUUUUUCUUCUUUUUAGUUCUGUAUCACAGCACAACACUCACUAAAGAUUUGUGUUUUUCUGAAGCCAAA